AUGUCUAUCUGUAAUUCUUCUCUAACAAAGCGCGAUUUUAAUAUCUCGAUUGCCUUAUUAGAAUUUUCUGAAGUCAAUGAUAGACCUCCUAUGGAAGUUUCGGCAUCAUCUGUUCAAGUGAUUUUUGUGUUGUGUCUGUUGAGCGUGGUUUCCAGUAUCAUCUUCCUGGUUCAGGAGUGCUUCGGCAAGGAAUCCGUCUACAUCAACAGCAUCAAUAAAGACUCGGUCAUCGACUUCAAAGACGAUCCCUAUUACUUUCCUCACUAUCCACUCAUCUCUAUAUGCCCCAGUCCUCCCUAUAGAAAAGAUCUCAAUUCGAGCAUGCUAGAAAUCAUGGAGUAUGCCAGUCUCGCUCUGGGGUUUCCUUUCAUUAGUCUGACACCAAAAGAAAACGGUCACUUAGCACUCAUUGCCAGAGUUCGCAACCGUACCCUUCUUCCUUAUAUUUCUACAGAGGCAGCGAUUUUUGAGGAGAAACUUCGUAAUCGCAAAGCCAACUACGAGAAGUACAAGAAUUCCAGGGAAGACUUCAAUCUUAAGACUUUCUUAAAAGAGAAUACUUAUCAGUGCAACGAAUUGUUUAUCGAUUGCACUGCGUUGGUAUUUAAUGUGAACUGCUGCAAAGUGUUCGAGCGUACGCUGACGCCGCUGGGUUUGUGCUAUGAAAUGGUUCUAGAGAAGCAGCUGUCCGAACUGAUGAUGAAGACCAAGGUCGAUUUUCCUCUCACGAUCGACCUGAGAACAACUCUGCAUCUAGGAUCCCGGAGUGUGAAUGAAGGCUAUCUAGUCACGUUCAGCGAUCCAAGGGAGGAUCCUACAGGAUCCCAGUUCCUGGGCGUAAAAAUGGCAGUUCCUAAUUUCCUGACCUCUAUUAGAGUCAAGCUUAUCAAGACGCAGAGGACAGCUUUACAUACAGCUUGGCACGGCCUGUCCCAGAGUUGUCCCAGCAUGCCUCAAUUCGACGGCAUGAGUGAGUCAUACGGCGAGCAUUACACCUUGGCAACUUGCGAUAUACAUUAUUUAAUGUACAUGUACCGAAAGUUUUGCAAAUGCGAGGCCAUCACCUAUAGAGGUAAUUCCUCGCGAAGGCUGUGUGAGCCGGAAGACAUAUACAGCUGCGUUAUGGGUGUUCUAACUAAAAAUAAUCUAACGGAAAUGCACGAGGUCUGCCAAAAACCUUGCGUCGAAUAUAAAUUUACAAGUGAAGUCUCAUAUAUGGGUCUUGGAGGAACAAAUAACAGCAGACUGGAGAUCAUGUACGACUCACAGCAGUACGUCUACGAAGAGUACAGGACUAUCACAUUUUCCAGUCUUUUCAGUCAGAUCGGUGGAUCUCUCGGCCUAUAUCUGGGUGCCAGCAUCAUCACCUCUGUCGAACUAGUUUCUUUCGCACUUAUGUAUCUGUGGUACAGAUGUCUACCUACAAGAAGGAGGAAGGUGCAUCAGGAGAUCAUCUACCCAGAAGGAAGAAUUGCGUAUUUCAAAUGAAGAUGCGGUGUUUGUAACGUUUGCGGAAGUGAAUGCUUCAUUGAAUUUCCAAGUCAACAAGUAUCAUGUGAUCGAAUUUUCAACAUAAAGAAAUGAACAAGAAUUAAAAAAUAAUAAUGUAAAACUAAAAGGAAAAUAUGAAGUGGACACCACGAGACUUUCUCGUACAGCCUAUUACAUUAUGCACAUUUUUCUCCACUUUAUUUAAACUUAUUUCUUUGAAUUAAAUAUAAUAAACAGAUCCUUCAAGGCAAGUUGAAAAGGAUAUCAAAACUGCU